AUGUCAAUUCGCAACACUCUCGUCGCUGGCAACACCGCUUCUGCUUCGUCGCAGGGCGUUGCGGGCCAGAUGAUCAACCUAAACGCCGUUCCCGAUGACAUUCAUCACCUCAUUCUCUCCGAUAUCGUGGACACAUCGCCCGCAGAUCUACUGAAUGUGGCACAAUCUUCCGAAGUCUUGCACCAUGCGGCGCUACCAUACAUAUACCGCAACAUCAUCUUGAACGGAGAGUCAACGGCAUACAAGACACUUGUGGAGAAGCUCUCCAAGCAUGAGCACGGUGACCUUACGAAGCACAGCCGCAGCAUCACCGUCAAAGACGAGGUACCCUCCGAAGACCUGGUUAUGAUACUCAACAAGACUUCGCGGCACAAGAAUCUUCGAUCGCUCAAUUGGGAGACUUCCACGCACAUAACUCCGGCAGUAUACGACAUCAUUCAUGCAAUUGAGCCGAAGCCCGAGAUACGCGUUGUUGUCGUAGACCGGAAGACGGCAACGAGUGUUGCACAUCGCCAGAUGGACAUGAAGCUCCUGUCAUCUCCGCUUCUUGUUAGCUUGACCUACGAGGUAUAUAUGCAGGGCUUCGCCCCCGAGCACCCUUGCCGAUCCGAGUGGCCUCGACUCUCCCAGGCACUGGCGGCUGGCGGGAACGUUAGAUCUCUUCGGCUACAAGUUUUGCAAGACGGUCACAACCUUUUUACACCCGAUACGGAGCCAGCGAAGAUACCGCGCCUUGAUCUCACCACCGGUAUGCGCCUCCCUCUACUGGAGGAGAUGACUCUUCAGACCUUGAGAUACCAUGGCCAGACGGCGUUUCUCUGGGAUCUCGACUACUGUCGCAUGUUUCGCGAUGCUAUCGACUGUUCCCGACUGCGUAAGCUCGACUUCGGCGGCGAACAUCCCGCAAACUUCUUUUCUUGCUUCACCGGACUUUGCCCGAAGCUCAAAGUGCUGAGUUUUGGGAUGUGGGAGGGUGAUAAAUCGCCUGCGAAGCGGUUCAUCGAGUCGAUUGACGCACUUGAACAUCUCGAUCUGUCACGAGCGCAAGCGGGUAUAGACGAUCUUUGGCCCGCUAUUGAGCAGCACAAGGAUACACUCGAGACACUGAUCCUUGGGCCGACAUUUGAAGCAUACUGCCACAAGGUAGUCAUGCCCUUCAGCCGUUUGAAGGAUAUCGCGCGGACAUUUCCUAGGCUCAAGCAUCUAGGCUGGGACGCACCCUGCGAACGCAACAUCGAUCCGCAACAUCUCGUCGCCCUGUUAGGAAUGGAUCUUACGAAGCUUGAUCUCUGGCUGCACAUUCCCCACGAAGCAAACGACUACAGCGAAAAGCUCGUCCAGGACAUCUGGGGCAACAUCCCCCACCCCGAACUUAACAAAGAGAGUACUAUCGCGUCUGCGAUCGGUAUUGCAGAUCGUCUUUUGGGAUCGGGGCAAGGCGCGUUUAAGCGGCUCACUCUUCAUCUCUCGCGAGAGGGCGCUUCGGAUCGCUGCCAGCCGUAUAUGAUGUACUCGAAGCUGCAACUUAGACUGAAUGGGCGUUCUGAAAGGACCCGUGGAGACAAGUGGGAUGUGCGCGGUAAGCUGGACUGGUCUUAUGAGCCCACUUUGGUGGAAGAUCUGCUGUUCGAGGAGAGGUAG